UUCUAAUUAUACAUGUUUCUAGGAAUAUGUGAUAGCCCACAACAAUAUAUUGUUAGAGCUAAUAAUAUUGAGAAUAAUGAAUCUGCCAAAAAGUUUAUACAUUUGUUCACAACAGUAACAAAUACAUCAUAUAUAUUUAAUUUUGAAUUGCAAAAUCCAACCAAGGUAAUUUUCCACAAGUAUUUUAUCUGUCACCAUACUUCAAAAAAAAAAAGUACUAACCAAAUUACUGAACGUAAUACUGGUUGCUUAUCUUCAAUUGAUAUUUUAUUAAAAAAAAAUAACAAAAAUACUAGGAAGAAUGAUGAUUAUUUAAAGUAUUCACCUCCACUAAAUGCUUCAAUCAAAAUUGUAUGGACUCAUAAUCAUGCCGUUGACUCAUGUGAUGCUUUAAAAUUUUUAAGAACAAAAAGUGAAACUAAUAAUGUAUUUUUGGAAUACUUUGAAAAUGGUUUAACUCCAAGCGAAGCCAAGCAUUUGCAUGAAAAUAAGCUAUUAGUGCAAGAAAAUUCAUGUACUUUGCUAGCUAAUGCCAAUAUAAAUCCCACAAUGCGACAUGUGUAUUACCUACAUGAUGAGAGGAGGAAAGACAAUUUUGGCCCAGUACAUGAACCUCUUCCAAAGUUGCAAGAAAAAAUUGUAGUUUACAAUGAAAAAGGAGUUCAAAUAAUGAUAAAAACAAAUAAUCCUUGGGCAGCCAUUGUUGUAAUUCCCAUUAUGAAAAGAGCCCAGGAUAUGAAAUGCUCAAGGGAAAUAAUUUUUAUUGAUUCAAGUAGUAGUGUGGAUACCACUAAUACCACUAUUACUAAUAUAUUAAGUCCAUCAAAAGCUGGAGCUAUUCCAUUAGCUAUUAGGAUACAUGAAGGACAAACUGAAGAGAGUUACAUUGGAGCAUUAUUACUUCUUCAAAAGAAUUUUCCUAAUUGUUUUGGUGGAAUAGAGAGUCCUUUGGUUUUUAUGACGGAUGAUUCUGCAGCUGAAAAAAAUGCUUUAAGUAAAUUGUGGCCAAAGCAAUUUCUUUGCCAUUUUCAUAUGUGUCAAGCUGAGCGGCGAUGGCUACACGAUUCUAAAAAUGGAAUUAAUCUUAAUAAUAGACUGCCAUUAAUGAAGUUAUUUCAGUCGGCUAUGUAUUCUAUGUCUGAAGAAGAGUUCAAAAACAUUGAAUCUCGAAUUAAAUAUGAAGCACCAACAAAUUUUAUAAAAAGAUUUGAGAACAAUUGUAAAAGGCAAGAACAGUGGGAAAGUUUACCUAGCAGUUCAGAAAUUGUCAGUGAAACAUUAAACCAAACAAUGAAUAAUUCGGAAAAUUGUGAAAAUAACGAGUGUAUAAUAAAGGAAACAACAACCUCAAAUGAAAUAUCAAGUGUACCUCAGAAUAUAAACACUUAUACUCAAAUUAGAGAUACCGAUGAUAUUUUAAAUUCAAAUGUUGCAAUUGUUCAAUCCGAAUGGUCAAGAUUGCAAGAUAUGAUUCCUACACUACCAGAACCAAUACUGAACAAAUUAGGUUACAGAUUAAAAAAAAUUACAAAUUCUUCUCAAUUUGCUAGUUUUAUGUAUUCAUUAAGUAUUAAAUCAUCUAACAUCAACAAAAGAAGAGGUCAAAUCAAAGUGCAAUCUACAUCUAUAAGUCGCCGAAAGGAAGGCAUUACUAGAGGCUCUAGAAGAAUAAAUUCUGGUAAAAGACCAAAUAAUCAAAGCCUAAAUACAAACAAAAAAAGACUCCAUAAACUUAGCUACAAUAUGGCUAAAAACCAGUUGAAUGCUAAAAGUCAUGGGAAAAAUCAUUAAAUACAUUUUGUCUAAUAUUUUAAUAUUUAAAAUG